UCGAUCAUCUAUACCUGAUCUUCCUGUCUCCCUUGUCUUUCCUCCUUGGCUCCUAGAGCAGUUGCCUGUCGCUUUUUUGUUUGUUGUGUCCCUACCUUCCUAGGGAUACUCCGAUCGUCAACGUCAACCACGCCUGCUUUUCUUAGUUCGCUACGCGCGAUAACCACUAUUCUCCAUGACGAUGGUCAUUGAAAAUCAAACUCGCCAGUACGGCGGGAUGGGCUUCGAUAGCGUCUAUCAACACAACAUCCACCACAAUCCGCCUCAGUUCACCGAUCCAUGGGCCGCUGCUCAAACCUCCUCCCACUCCAACCCUUCCAUCUAUGCGACGUCCCUGGCACCCAGCCCCAUUGCUCUCAACCAUGUCAAGCAGGAGGAAGUGAGCCGGCCGGCCGCCAUGUCCAUGUCAUAUCCUAGCAUCCCCGUUUCUGCUCCUUCUAUGGUUACCGGAAGCAACUAUUCCACGGCCACGGCCACGAGCUACCCCGGACCAGAGAUGAUGGGAUUGUCGCACGAUAUUCCACGCACAUCGUUCGACCAGGCUCCCGCUUACACUACAGCUUCCCCAAUGACCACCUAUGCGCCAGCAAGCUACGCUCCCUUGAGCUACGCUCCGCACAUGCACCAAGAUCGAAGGAUCUCUCAUGCGGACGCUCGUGUCAGUCAAUCGCAUCCCGCUUCCGCUCCGACGUACGGUGACGCUCUGGACGCGAGCCGUGGUAUGGUCGCGCUCAGCCAGGAUCUGACGCCUCGCAACAUCUAUGGUCCUCGCAGCACGCGGGGCUCUGGCGACUCAUACGGAUUUCCCUCGACUCACUCCUCGGGAUCUUCGAUCUCCUCCACCAGCAACUACCCCUACUACAGCGCUUCCGUGGGAUCCGUGGAUUCUUCCGUUACCGACUACAGCUCGACCACCUCGGAAUCCUACGAGAACGGUCAUUUGUCACGGACACUUCCCCGCCCAUCUAACCUGUUGACGGGAAGCGCACCACCUGGACCCCAGUCGAUGAUGAGUCAGUUUAGCUCCAAGAUGCCGUCCAACACACAGAAGAAGCACAAGUGCAAGGUGUGUGACAAGCGAUUCACCCGCCCGUCGUCGCUCCAGACCCAUAUGUAUAGUCACACUGGCGAAAAGCCAUUUGCAUGUGACGUGGAAGGCUGCGGUCGUCACUUCUCGGUUGUCUCAAACCUGCGCAGACACAAGAAGGUUCACAAGGGAGAAAAGGAGGGCGCAUCCGGCGACGACGAGGAGUAAACGAUCACCCUCCUGGUUGACCUCGUUCACGUCGAACGCCUCUCUCAACCCUGCCACAGCGGAGAGGGGCAAAUUCAACAUUUCAUUUCAAGGGCGCGCGAUGAUCACAUUGUGCGACCCAACCUGUCAUCAAUGAUGGGGCCCUCCUCCUUUGUACAACAGCAUCGAUU